GUCCUCUAGUGUCCCGUGAUAUUUAAAUGGAACUAGAUUAUUUUACUCAAUAUUUAUUAUUGAAUUAAAAUGCCCAUUUCAUUCUAAAUAAUGAUGGGAGAUAAAAGUAGUGUUGUAUGUCAUGGGUCACAAUCAAUAAAAAUUAUGUAUUAUUUAUUUGGCGAUUGUCCUAUAUUCGAAACUAACCUGACUUCAGUAGUAAUUGUGUUGUUUACGUUAUUCUAAAAACGGUAGGUUAACAAAUGGAAGCCCCCCUGUCAAAUCGUUCGAGAAGACGAAAAUGUCUAUUUUAUCUGUAAGGUGGCAGUUAAUGAGUUUAAGUGGUAUUAUCUGUCUUGAAGUGGUAAUUUAAUUUGCGUUGAGAUGUAGCUAAGGUCACUAAGUUUAUUUUAUUCUAAGAACUGAAAAAGGCGGUUGAAGCACAGUUUGUUAACAUAAAGUGCUUCCAGACCAUUGAAAUGUCUUUAAACAAAUUCUGACUAAUAACUAUGGGAACAACCCCCAGCAUGCCUUCAAGUAGAAAAAGACCUUUGAGGAGAUCUUUCCGUUCACCUUUUAGAAGAACCAGUACCCAAGGAACAUUAAGUGCAACUUUCAACUUUAUAGAGCCUAAUAUAAAGUUAAACCAAUUAAAUAUUAAUGUAGCUACUGAAGAAGAACUCAUGACCCUACCUGGUAUAACUAGAGGAGUUGCAAAAAACAUAAUCGAAUACAGAAAUGCUAUUGGAAAGUUUAAUAAAGUUGAAGAUUUAGCUUUAGUAUCUGGCAUUGGUGCUGAUAAACUAGAUGAAAUAAGACCUGAAAUAUGUGUCAGUAGAGGGAGAAAUCAGAGCGGUUCAUCUGAAGGAAGUCCUGAAUCCCUUCCAGUGGAUAUUAACAAGGCUAAUGUAUUUGAACUUAUGACUAUACGUGGACUUGGACAAGAGCUAGCCGCUGCUAUAGUUCAUUACCGGGAAAGGAGAGGCGAUUUUUUCAACAUAUCUGACAUUUUAAAAGUUAAGGGAAUGGAUGAAACAAAAUUUAACUACCUCAAACCUCGCCUUUGUCUGAAAUCUGAUUCUUUUAAACUUAACAAAAGAGUCUUAUCAGAACCUCGGAUACCAAAUGGUGGAGCUGUUUCAGAUUUCUAUUCAUUUUUCCGUAACUCUGAUACACCAAGAAAAGAAACCUCGCCUGUUGCCUGUCAGGGAGAUCUUUAUGAACUUGUUUCUCAACAGUGCGAGAGACCACCCUUGAAGUGGGAUCCUCUUCCUUUUGGUGAAGUACGGUUUGCUACAUGGAAUCUCACCGACAUGUGCCAUCAAAAAGCAGCUAAUACUGCAGUUAGAGAAACUUUCUGUCUCACAUUGCUUGAAAACAGGAUAUCAUUUGUUGCUGUUCAAGGUGUUCAGGAUUCUUUUUCAUUACACAUGAUUUGCUCUGAACUAAAUGCACCAAGUUGUCGUAAAGUAUCGCAAUGGCCGGAAGAGAGAGGAUCUUGGGAAAGUCAAUUCUUUGGUUUCCAAGAUAAACAGGGACUUGGCUUUAUUUAUGACACUAAUGUUUUUUCAAAUGUAAUUGCAAGAGAUAUUCAAAACAACUCUAUGAUGAGAGCAGUUGUGGCUACAAUAACUGAACGAAGUUGCGUAUUUUCUGUUUUAAAUGUUCAAUUGUUGGCUAACAGUGAUGGAUCUUCAUUCAAUACUCUUACUUCAUCAGUACGACCGUUUCUUGUGAAGAUAAUAGUACCUUACCAAAUUAUGUGUGCCUUUUACCCGGAACAAAAACCAAUGUUAGCUCAUCUAUGAAAACAUCUUUCAACAAUAUUUAUAUUAAAGAAUCAGAAAUAUCUAAGUUUACUGGUGUAAGUGGUAUUAUCCUGGAAGGAUUAAGACAUUUAGCUAUACCAGAUGGCUGGGCCUGGGGUGGACCCGUUAGUCAACAUGCUCCAUUGUGGGGACAAAUCCGGAUUUGACAGUAUGGUUACAGCCAACAUUAUUGUGCUGUAAAGAUUAUAAAAUAGUUUUCUCUGAGUUUGUCCGAUUGUGAUCAAUGACUGGAACUUAUUAUCUUCAGAUGAUUGCUGACAAAAAAGUUAAUAAAAAUGGUUAUGAUGAGGUUACAGGUUUAUAUCUCAUUAAAUCUUCUAUAGAUCGAUACACAUAUAUUUAAAUUGUUAAAUGUUAUUGCCAGUAGAAAUUGAAAAGGUACUACCUAUAGGUACUCCUUUCAACAGUAUUUAUAUUUAAAUGUAGUUUAUUGUUUGUUAUAAUAGUAAUUACAAAAGGAUUGAAAUAACUAUUAUGUAUAAUACAAAUUAUUAUUAUAAUAAACCAUAGUAAUUAUAAAUAUAAUAUUAUUUAUUAAUUCAAGUGUUAUGUUUCUAGAAACUAUUCUUAAUUUAUAAAUGUUGGCAGAGAUUAUUGAACAGAGCAGUGUUAAGUGUCUUACAUCACCUCAUUUAUGAUAAUUUUAUAUUUAAAGAAUCAGUGGAUUUGUGCCUAAUUUAGUGUAGUUUGGCCACCUAAUUCGUAUUUAUAAUUCAAUGAUCAUUAUUGCAUUAUACUAAUUUAUUUAAAUGAUAAAGCUAAGUUUUUUAUUUAAGAAGACUUAUUAUUAUUAUUAUUCUACUAAGCUAUCGCGAUUACUCUGAAUACCCAAUCAGUAUAUUCUCAUCAGGAAUAUGAAAAUAUUAAGUCUGUUAAAAAUUUAAUUGUUAGAGGAAAGAUUUUAUAUAUGACAGUUUCCAUGAAAAAGUGCUGUGCCGGGAUUACAUGCAAGGUGCUAAACUAAUAUAUAUAAUAAAAGUAAUAUAUUAUGUAUUCCUAUCAUAUUUUCUAUAAUCUUUAAAAAUGGUUUGUAAAAAGUAAUCAGUUUUAGGAAUUCAAUAAUAAAGUUUUCUUAUAAACUUUUUUAAUUUUAGAUUUGUGUUUACUUCUUAUAGAACGUAAUAUUUUUUUUAUAAGUUGUAAUUUUUACUGAAUUAUUG